UAUGUAAGAAUUAUCUCGUGUACAUGAUAUAUUGUAAAAAAAAAAAUGAUUCCGUAAAGAAGGAUUAAAGUUUAAUAGUUGACCAGAGGAUAGAAUGGGAUGAACGAACGAAGACGGUAUGUUAGGCUUCGUCUGUCCGCUGUACUUCUCUAUAGCUUACCUCUGGCGACUUACAGAUGGAGCUUGUGAAUUUCCCUCCGAUCUUCGAGGAGAGUGGUACACGACCAGCAAUGGCCUCGUGACGUUUACCAACCAGAGCAUCAGCAACUUCAAAAGCUUGAUCCACUCCUCCACUCAGACCUUCGACUGCGAAUACAUCGAUAAUGGCCGAUAUAUCACGAGAGCCCGGAUCCCUAUCCUUAGUACCAGUCUAUAUGACGUGUAUUUCUGUAUGUCAUUUACAAAAAUUACGGAAACCAAGUAUCUUGUCCACUAUAACUCAGAUAUCUCAGCCUUUGUUCAGGAGCGAGUGGUUGGGAAGACGGUCGUAGCUUCUAGUUCUACACUCCUCCCCGCAGCGGAGGCCUGUAAUCUAACAUCAGCCAUACCCACCGGGACCCAGGAAGUGUACGUUAAAAAAGGUAACGAGACGUCGGAUUUCAUAAACUGUCCCAAUAGUAUUGCGAGCACCCUUGACAUGACCUUGAACUCUGACUGCAGUGGAAACAUUGUGUACGGAACGACAACUUCUUUAAUACAUACUUAUAAUAGUUCUUGUGUUACAACUAGUAUAACAUUUACAAACAGCGGUAACCUUAGUUGCAUUUACUCUGUGCUGUCUGGAUUCACGACUUAUCUGACAGUUUAUAACAUGGACAUCUCUACGGAUGAAACCAACACAUUCAGAUUUCUUUGUUAUGCUAUCACCAGCAGCGGUGAUCAGGUAUACCUGACAUAUCACCCAAAGAUCUGUCAGUACAACCAGACAUCUACUUCUGUGACGUCACCAGGUGUAAUGGCUAACCUGGUAAAUCGAUAUAAAGAGGCAACUCCGACUGAUGAUGACGAAGUCCCAAUAGUUAUAAUAAUAGUCGGAACAACAGUGCCUUUAGUGCUCCUCCUUGGCAUGAUCCUCUUCAUCGUAUACUGGAAAAUCAAAUUCCGCAACAAGAUAAACCACGAAUUGGAAAUGAAUGCAAAGAGAAAUUGGAGGAAACUGGCACAACAUUUUAACAUUACAACCAGACAUAGUUUAGGAACGAUGGAAGAGUACGCCGAUCAUUCAAAAUUCCACAAGAAGAAAAAGAAAAAGAAGAGAAAAAGCAAGGAGAACAGCGAAAUUGUCUCCAUAAGCUCUCAAACUGACUCCAGAAGGCGUUCUGUCUGGUGGGACGAUUUCAGCAAUACCAUCGAGGAGCACCAUGAGCCACAGCCUUGGCAAAAUCAAUGGGAAACAUUCAAUGAUCCACUGAGUAAGCAGGUGAAUGAGAGCGGGAGAAAAUCCCCAUCUACAGCGCGAAGUGACGCCACAGUCCGGAAAAUAUGGAUAGAUCCAGAGAUGAAAGAAAAAGUGGAAGUCGAUUCGGUGUGGGAAAAAGUGGCGAGCAAUUUUGACCAGCUUCGGAAAGCUGCUAAGCCAAGUGAAACUGUUCGAACAAAAUAGUUGUUCCAGUGAAUGCAUUUAUGGAUAGUUUACAUAUGUCCUCUGUUUGCUAGGAGUAUAGCGAAAAAGGAACGGA